AUGGCUCCGAUUAACCAGCAGAAAAGGAAACCCUUCCAGCCAAGCAAUCUUGUUAUGUUUCGUUACGCUAAAUCGUACUGGAAUCCAGAGGCAAUUCCAGAGGCCAAUCCACAUGCAAAUCCAGAGGUCAAUCCAGAGACUAAUCCAGAAGCCAAUUCAGAGCUUACUCCAGUGACCAAUCCAGAGGCCAAUUCAGAGUUUACUCCAGAGGCAAGUUCAGAGGCCAAUCCAGAGGUUAAUCCUGAGGCAAACCCAGAGGCCAAUCUAGAGGCUAGUUCAGAGGCCAAUCCAGAGGGCAAUCCAGAGGCCAAUUCAAAGGUUAAUCCAGAGGCCGAUCCAGAGACCAAUCCAGAGGCCAAUUCAGAAGUCAACCCAGAGGCUAAUCAAAAUGCCAAUUCAGAGGCCAAUGCAGAGGUCAAUUUAGAGGCCAAUUCAGAGGCCAAUUCAGACGGCAAUCCAGAUGCAAAUCCAGAGGUCGAUCCAGAGGCCAAUUCAGAGCUUACUCCAGAGGCUAAUCCAGAGGCCAAUUUAGAGGUUGAUCCAGAGGCCAAUCCAGAGGCUAAUCCAGAGGCCAAUUCAGAGGUUAAUGCAGAGGCCAAUUCAGAGGUUAAUGCAGAGGCUAAUUCAGAUGCCAAUCCAGAAUUCAAUCCAAAUGCAAAUCCAGAUGCUAAUCCAGAGGCUAAUCCAGAGGCCAAUCCAGAGGUUAAUCCUGAGGCCAAUCCAGAGGCCAAUCCAGAGGCCAACCCAGAGGCCAAUCCAAAGGCCAAGCCAGAGGCCAAUCCAGAGGCUGAUCCAGAGGCCACUCCAGAGAUCAACCCAGAGGCCAAUCCAAAGACCAAUCCAGAGGCCAAUCCAAAGACCAAUCCAGAGGCCAAUUCAGAGGCCAAAGAGGUCAAUCCAGAGGUCAAUACAGAGGUCAAUAAAGAGGCCAUAACAGAGGUCAAUUCAGAGGCUGAUCUAGAGGCGUUGUGA